UCGCUCAUUGUCCUGGCGGCUUCGUGUGCUAGCAGCAGGAAACUGUGUCCCUUCUCCCACGCCCGCACGCCCAUGCUCGUCCCCAUGAAGACACUUGUGCUCCUUCUGUGCCUCGGCUUUGCUACGGCCCUGGACUGCACGGGCGACGAAAUCUCAUGCACGAACGGCGAGCUCUGCAUCCCUUAUCAAUUCCUGUGUGAUAACGAUAGCGACUGUGCUGAUGCCUCGGAUGAGGACCCUGAAUUCUGCUCGGCCUGGAGGAACAGGGAUUGCAGAAAGGGCCAGGCCCUUUGCAGGGCCAACGGAGCCUCAGAGUGCAUCCCCAUCGAGAACUACUGCCACCGAACUCAGCCUGCUUGCCAAGGAACUCUCGACCGUCGAAUCUGCUCUAUAUUAGGAGACAGGAAAUUGGUUCCCAUAGACACAAUCAGACUUCCCCCAGUCAAUACGCCCGGUAAUUGCCCGUCUCCUUAUAUCAAGGUCGGCGACCAGUGCAUCGCCUUCUUCAGUACUGAAAGCACACAUACACAGUUCACCUGGGCCAAUGCGCGGACGUUCUGUGAAGACAGCGGCGGCCAUCUGUUCAUCAUCCAAAAUGGCAACCAAUAUUACAAUCUCAUCUGGUAUCUUGUCAAUAACAAGUUCACCAGCGACUUCUGGCUGGGCGGAAGGUACGAGCUGGGCGACUUGAGCUGGGU